AUGACAAGCUUCGCAGUCAUUGCAGCUAGCAUCAACAACAGGGUACUCGCCACAUUAGCCACUCCGAGAGUUCUUGCUUCCGUCCCAGCAAGACUCAUUCAUGGGAGUACGAUGAAAGAAGCUUCCGUUUGUGACAAAGCCACCGAGGCUCAACAAAAAGUGGCCAAGAAAGCGGACGAAGGAGCACAGACGAUCUCCGACGCAGCAGGUAACUUGAAAGAUAAGGCGAAGAACACUGCAGAGGAGGCAUGGGACAAGGUAAAGGACACAACGGAGAAGAUCAAAGAUACUGUCACAGGAAAAACCGAGGAAACUAAGGAGUCCAUUAAAGCCAAAGCAAAAACCGUCGAGCAAAGCAUGAACACCAAGAACCUCAAAUAA